ACUCGGUGCGCCCUUCGCGGACCGGGCGACUCAGUGCACAGCCGGAGCCUCGCUCUCGGUUCUGCUGACCCCGCGCCCAGCCCGGGAGGCUCGGGCAGCGGCCGAACGCGUCGAGAGCGCAGGUCCCAAAGUCACGCCACCCUGACAGCAUGAGCCGCACAGCCUACACUGUAGGAGCCUUGCUUCUCCUCUUGGGGACUCUGCUUCCAGCUGCAGAAGGAAAAAAGAAAGGGUCCCAAGGCGCCAUACCCCCACCAGACAAGGCCCAGCACAAUGACUCAGAGCAGACGGAGUCACCCCAGCAGCCUGGCUCCAGGAACAGAGGACGAGGCCAAGGGCGGGGUACAGCCAUGCCGGGGGAAGAGGUGCUGGAGUCCAGCCAAGAGGCCCUGCAUGUGACGGAGCGUAAAUACCUGAAGCGAGACUGGUGCAAGACCCAGCCACUUAAGCAGACCAUCCAUGAAGAGGGUUGCAACAGCCGUACAAUCAUCAACCGCUUCUGCUAUGGCCAGUGCAACUCCUUCUACAUUCCCAGGCACAUCCGGAAGGAGGAAGGUUCCUUUCAGUCCUGCUCCUUCUGCAAGCCCAAGAAAUUCACCACCAUGAUGGUCACCCUCAACUGCCCGGAACUCCAGCCACCUACCAAGAAGAAGAGGGUCACACGUGUGAAGCAGUGUCGUUGCAUAUCCAUUGAUUUGGAUUAAGCAAAGUCCCAUCACAGCCAGCCUGUUCUAGGGAGGCAGCCCC